AUGGAUAAAACAGAUACCAUUGCUCAAGAAAAUGAUGUCCAUUUGGCAGAGAAGAAACUUAUUCGAAAAUUGGAUACUAGAUUGCUACCAUUUUUAAGUCUUAUGUACUUAUUUUCAUCCUUAGAUAGAUCAAGUCUAGGCAAUGCUGUUUUGGACAAUUUUGAACAGGACGUCGGAAUUACACCUGACCAAUUUAAUACUUGUGUCACAAUUUUUUAUGUUGGUUUUUUAAUUUUUCAGGUACCAAGCAACAUUUUAUUGAAGCGCUUUACGGCUAGAAGAUGGCUUCCUCUACUCAUGAUGUUAUGGGGAUCGAUUGCUUGUCUACAUGCAGGUGUGAAAAGCUACUCGCAGCUUAUGACGCUAAGAUUUUUUUUAGGCUUUUUUGAAGCAGGUUUUUUUCCUGGCGUAAUCUAUUUCUUAACAUGUUUUUACAAAAAAAAUGAAAUGGCAACCCGCAUCGCUUUAUUCUGGGGAUCUACAGUUGCCGCACAUGCAUAUGCUGGUAUACUAGCAUAUGGCAUUCUUCAAUUAAGAGGAUCAGGAGGAUUAGCCGGAUGGCAGUGGUUAUUUCUUAUUGAGGGUAUACCCACAGUUGUUGUGGCAAUUAUUGCAUUUUUCUACCUUCCUGAAUCCCCUUCAACAUGGACUAUGUUCACACUAGAAGAGAGAAUACUGGCUGUCAAAAGAUUAGAAGAAGACGGAGAAACAAAUCAUACUCACGUUACCUUGGGCGAUUUGGAUGCAUCCAACAAGAAGCAAGCGAUAAAAGCGCUCACAGAUUGGAAAGUGUGGAUAUACAUGGUUAUGUUUUUUUGUGGAAGCGUCCCAAAUACGAGUAUAUCAAACUUUUUACCAUCAAUUGUAAAAGGAAUGGGCUAUGAUGAUAAACUUUCAGCUAAUCUAAUGUCUGCACCCCCGUAUGUUGGCGCCGUAUUUGUGAUGAUUACUGCUGCAUAUUCCUCAGAUAUUCGAAAAGAUAGAGCCUUUCACGCAAUUUUAGGUGCUUCUAUUUGCAUGAUUGGAUACAUUAUCUUGAAUAUAUGCGUACAAAGGCCAGCGUUGUAUACGGGUGUUUGCAUUGCUGUAUCUGGUAUCUUUGUUAUUAACCCUAUUGUUAAUGCUUGGUUGACUAGCAAUAUUGCCCCCGAUAUGAAAAAAAGCGUUGCGACAGCUAUGGCUGUAUCCGCAAAUAAUUCCGCUGGGCUAAUAGGAUCAAAUAUAUAUAGACACUCAGAUGCACCUAGAUAUUUACGUGGACAUAGGAUUAACUUGAUGUUUAUAUCCCUUUUCAUCAUUUUGACACUCAUUCAGAGAUUUUUACUUCGGCGUGAAAACAAUAUAAAAAGGCAAGAAAAGUCUAAGCUAACACCGGAAGAGCUACAAGAACUCACGGAAAGUGAUAACAAAAUAGGCGACGAAUCCUUUGAUUUUGUUUAUAGACUUUGA